AUGGCGCCCCCAAAGUACGCCGGCAUGUCUGGCCGGAAACUAUCCCUGUUUCUAUCAGGCAUUGCUACGAUGGGGUUUCUGCUCUUCGGUUACGAUCAGGGUGUAAUGUCUGGUAUUAUCUCGGACGCCGCGUUCAAUAAUGUCUUCACGGCUACCAAAAACGACAAUGUCAUGCAGGCCACUGUCACUGCUGUCUACGAAGUUGGCUGCCUCGUCGGUGCUGUCUUCGCUUUGAUCUUCGGUGAAACAUUGGGUCGCCGUCUUAUGGUCAUCUCAGGCGCUUGGGUGAUGAUUAUCGGUGUCAUCAUCCAGGUUACCGCCAUGCCAGGCCAUAUCCCCCUGCUACAGUUCAUCUUCGGUCGUGUUAUCACUGGUAUCGGCAACGGCAUGAACACCUCGACUAUUCCCACUUAUCAAGCCGAGUGUUCUAAGUCUACCAACCGUGGUCUCUUGAUCUGUAUUGAGGGUGGUAUUAUCGCCAUUGGAACAGCGAUCGCUUAUUGGAUUGACUUCGGUGCACACUACGGCCCGCCUGAUCUUGUCUGGCGCUUCCCCAUCGCAUUCCAGAUCUUCUUCGGUAUCUUGAUCAUUGUCGGCAUGACGUAUCUUCCGGACUCUCCUCGGUACUUGAUCGCCCACGGCAAGGUUGAGGAAGGCACCCGGGUUCUUGCUGCGCUGGCAGAUGCAGAAGUUGAUGACCCUCAUGUCCAGUUGGAGAAGCAACUGACGCUUGACUCGAUCAGAGCGUCCGGUUCUUCCAAGGCUAGUUUCCGUGAUCUGCUCACCGGUGGUCCUUCCCAACAUUUCCGCCGGAUGAUUGUAGGAUCAUCUUCCCAGUUUUUCCAGCAGAUUUCCGGAUGCAAUGCUGUCAUCUACUAUCUUCCCGUGCUGCUGGAACAGUCUAUCGGACAAUCUCACGACUUUGCCCUUCUGAUUGGCGGUGUGAACAUGAUCUGUUACGCUAUCUUCGCCACCUUCUCUUGGUUCUUCAUUGAGAAGAUUGGUCGGCGUAAGCUGUUCCUCGGAGGCAGCUAUGGUCAAUGUGCUGCUAUGGUUAUUGUUUUCGGAUGCUUGAUUCCCGGUGAUUCCGAGAGCGCUAAGGGAGCUGUCUUCGGCUUCUUCCUUUACAUGUGUGUCUUCGGUGCCACCUGGCUUCCCCUGCCUUGGCUCUACCCAGCCGAGAUCUCUCCUCUCAAGACCAGAUCCAAAGCGAAUGCUGUGUCUACUUGCAGCAACUGGCUAUUCAACUUCACAGUUGUCAUGAUCACUCCUGUUAUGGUCCAGCACAUUGGUUGGGGUACUUACCUCUUCUUCGCCGCCUGGAACGGUCUCUUCAUUCCCGUCAUUUGGUUCUUCUACCCGGAAACUGCCGGUCGCAGUCUGGAAGAGAUCGAUUUGAUCUUCGCCAAGGGUUAUGUUGAGAACAUGAGCUACGUCCGGGCAGCGAAGGAACUGCCCAAGCUCACCGACGAAGAGAUCGAGGCCAAGGCCGCUGAAUACGGAAUUCUUGGCGACGAGGAGAAGGCUGAGGAGAGAAUCGCCGAGAAGGAUCCUCCUGCGUCUGCUGAGUUCUCUCAGUUCCAGCCUACCCAGCUGUAA